AUGUCUCGUCCGUCUUCGAUUGCGCAGCGUCCCCUGACGCUCACCGAGGAAUUGGAAAAACUCGAACAAUCCAUCACGCUCACGUUGCAGGAGAUCGACCACAACUUCAGCCAGGCCCACCGCAUUGUCACCACUAGCAUUCUCCCUCUGGUAGAGCAAUAUGCAGAUCACUCGAAAGAUGUUUGGGAAGGCGCAAAAUUUUGGAAACAAUUUUUCGAAGCAAGCGCCAAUGUCUCCCUCUCCGGCUACGAAGAGAAGCCCGAAGAAUCCACGAUGCAAGAACAAACCAUGACGGAAGAGGAGGUCACGCAGAGCGACCUCAACGAAAGCGCUUCCUACGAGACCCCGUCCUCGGAACGCCACCGACCCGAUGAUCUCGAACUCACCGAGCUCAAUGCAUCCUCUCACAGCACACCCCGCGCCCAGCUUGACCGACACGCCCACACCGACAACGACACUACCGUGACUUCCUCUAUCGCCCACCCCUCCCCAUACCACGAGCCCGAGCCGCAGUUCGAAGGCGAAGACUCCAUGCUCCCCUCGACGCCGGGCAGGACGCCAUCCCGACCCCAGGAUCACACAUACCAGUCAAGCCAAGCAUUCGACGACCCCAUGUCCUCCUCUCCGUUUAUCGAGCGCGGAGCUUACAUGCCCGAUGACCCGAUGAGCCACCAGAAAGACUCCGACCCGGUUAUGCAUCGCCUCCAAGACAGAACGUAUCGCGUCCAAGCGACACCUCUUGGAAAGGGCUACGGCGGUGGAGCCAGCAGCCGCCCCAAAUUCACCGUUACGCCGAAACCAUCGACAUCCAAGUCCAAGUACGGGUACGAUGAUUCUCCGCUUUCGAGUCCCGAGAUGGAAGCUCCCCAACUCCACGCCGAGAUAUUUUCCUCGCCGCUCAAGGCCAGAACACCCGGUACGGGCCGGAAGAGGCGCACCAGCAGUAACCAUAUGCGUGUCACGCCGCAGCCUGGAUUGAGCGUUUUGACUCCUGCCAAGGGCGGCGGGAAAUAUCGGACUGGGUUUGACAGCGAUGACGACAUGGUCGACGAUGACGAUGAGGACUUUGGACCUAGUCCGCCGAAGACGAUGCAGUUCCAUAUUCCGCAGAGUCGAUUGAUGAAAACGCCUGCGAAAGAAGCAUCCAAGCGUAUCGUCGAGGACCUCCUCUUCACUGCAGGUGCAAACGACACCACGGACGACGUACCCGACGAACAAAGUCCUAGCGUCAUCCGACGAGUCGAGCGUUUGGAGGAUGAAACCUUCUAG